GCGCUCACCCAGCGAGAAGGAGAAGAAGCCCGAGACGUCAGUUGAACAUGGCGUUAAUCUGGAGAGCUGUCACCAGUCUGCAGAGGAAAACAACCGCCGACACGACCACUGCCUUUAACUGAACUCAGUGACGGAUUAAGCCUCUGACUGGAGAAGCUUUCUUCGAGCCAUUUUGUCUUCCUUUUACCCUUUUUUUCGCCACUUUUGGGACUAACGGCGAGGAAAGGGGGCUUGAAAGCACAGCUGACAGCUCCACAGUACAGGAGGUGCAGCUAACGUUUAAUUACCUGGACAGCUUGACCACAAAAUGUGUGCCAGCCUUUUAAGCUAACUGACGCUAACUGGAGUUAGCUGGUUAUCGAUCCUGUCAAAGCCCUCGGCUAUUCGGGUUAACUCCUCUCGCACUCAGAGGUAUUAGUCAGUCAAUAAUAACACAACAUGACUGAGUGAACUGUUGCUCCUCUAUUUAUACAGCUCAUCUUACAAAUACGGUUUCCUUCGUUUUGUUUUAAAUCCAACUUGUACAGUGUUAGCUAAACAGCGUUCAGAAAAUGUCAGACAACCAGAGCUGGAACUCCUCCGGUUCCGAGGAAGAUAUUGAGCCCAGAGAGGAGUCUGGACAUCUGGUGGGUGUCGGCGACUUAAGCGGAGUCCUCAGCAAGUGGACAAACUACAUUCAUGGAUGGCAAGACCGUUGGGUGGUCUUAAAAAACAACACACUGAGCUACUACAAGUCCCAAGACGAGACCGAGUAUGGCUGCAGGGGUUCCCUCUGCCUUAGCAAAGCUGUCAUUACUCCUCAUGAGUUUGAUGAGUGCAGACUUGACAUCAGUGUAAAUGACAGCGUUUGGUACCUGCGAGCACAAGACCCUGAGCACAGAAACCAGUGGAUCGACUCCAUCGAGCUUCACCGGAGUAUCAGAGAGGGGAGGAGAGAGAAGGGAGGAAUCCAGGGAACAAUAAUCAUCCCUCCACCACUGGCUGAUUCUGGAUAUGGCUCCGAGUCCAGUCUGCGGAGACAUGGCUCCAUGUUGUCUCUCACUUCGGCCACGAGCGGCUACUCUGCCACCUCCACAUCCUCCUUCAGGAAGGGCCACAGCCUGAGAGAGAAGCUUGCAGAAAUGGAGACAUUCAGAGACAUCCUGUGCAGACAGGUGGACACCCUGCAGAAAUACUUUGACAGCUGUGCAGAUGCCGAGUCCAAGGAUGAGCUGCAGAGGGAUAAAAUUGUAGAGGAUGAUGAAGAUGACUUCCCUAACACUCGCACAGACGGAGAGUUUCUGCACAACAACAAUGGCAGCAAAGAAAAAUUGUUCCAGUCCUUGAGCCCCAAGGGAAUCAACGGCAUAGAUUUCAAGGGUGAGGCAAUCACAUUCAAGGCCACCACAGCCGGGAUCCUGGCCACUCUGUCCCACUGUAUCGACCUCAUGGUGAAGAGAGAGGACAGCUGGCAGAGGAGACUCGAUAAGGAGAUGGAGAAGAGAAGAAGAAUAGAGGAGAGCUAUAAAUCGGCGCUUAAUGAGCUGAAGAAAAAGUCUCACUUUGGUGGGCCAGAUUAUGAGGAGGGUCCAAACAGCCUCAUUAAUGAGGAUGAAUUCUUUGAUGCUGUUGAAGCUGCGCUAGACAGACAAGACAAGAUAGAAGAGCAGUGUCAGACAGAUAAGGUGAGGAUACAGAGAUCCAGCCCCGUCCCCCCAGCAGACGUUUACUCCAGCUCCGGCUCGCACAGAUUCUCAGACAAGCCUCUUAGUAAGCCCUCCCCUCCUCUGAUAGUCAGCGCCCCUCCUCAUCAUGUCCACAGAUUCAGCUCAGAGGUGGAGGAGAUGGUGCAGAAUCACAUGAACUACUCGCUGCAGGAUGUCGGUGGAGACGCCAACUGGCAGCUGGUUGUAGAAGAGGGAGAAAUGAAGGUGUACAGGAGGGAGGUUGAAGAGAAUGGGAUUGUUCUGGACCCUCUGAAGGCCACUCAUUCAGUGAAGGGGGUGACAGGUCACGAGGUGUGCCACUACUUUUGGGAUACUGCCUACCGCAAUGACUGGGAGACAACAAUUGAAAACUUCAACGUGGUGGAGAAUUUGUCAGACAAUGCUGCUGUUAUUUAUCAAACACACAAGCGGGUGUGGCCUGCCUCUCAGAGAGACGUGCUCUACCUGUCAGCCAUGAGGAAAAUCUUAGCCAACAACGAGAACGACCCCGACACCUGGCUCGUCUGCAACUUCUCUGUCGACCACGAUGAUGCACAGCCAACCAGCAGGUGUGUCCGUGCCAAAAUCAACAUCGCCAUGAUCUGUCAGACCCUGGUCAGUCCACCAGAGGGAGACAAAGAGAUCAGCAGAGACAACAUUCUGUGUAAAAUCACCUACGUCGCCAAUGUGAAUCCUGGAGGCUGGGCUCCGGCCUCUGUGCUCCGAGCCGUGGCUAAGAGGGAGUACCCCAAGUUCCUCAAACGCUUCACCUCCUACGUCCAGGAAAAGACUGCUGGAAAACCCAUCUUAUUCUGAAACCUGCAGUUUGUAGACAUGAGGAGAGAUCUGCAGGAGGGGCAGCUCUGCUGAUUUGAGGGGAGGAGAAGUUCCUGCAAAACUGAAUGAUAUCUGAGUGAUAUCGGUGCCCUCUGGUGGUGGGAUUUAAAAAUAAGACACCUGAGAGUUAACUGAAGACUGGUAGUGACAUCAAAACAGAUCAUCAUCAUUACAGGAUUAACGUCUGCUUGUUUUCCCUUUUUAUAAAUCAAAAGUUUGACUUUAUCGUGGGGAUUCUUUUAGUAACAACUGAGAUGAAAGAAACCUAUGAUGAAUGCAGACCAUGUUUCCUCCCUAUAGCAGCUCUGAUGCCAUAUUUCCUGCUCAUGUCUCUUUUCUUACAGAUAUAUUAAUAUAUAAAUGUAAGUAUGUUCGAUAAGAGGUUUGUAAAAAAGAAAUAGAUCUUUGCUAAUAGAUCGAAAUAUUUUAUUCUGGCCAUUUCUAGCUCCUAUUUUGUGUAGAUUUAUCUCUAUCGGUUUUCCAUAAUCAGCCAUUGCCCAGCUUUCUUUUCAAGCUGCUAACGUUUUGCUAGUGAAACAUCGUCGAUUGACUUGAAAAUCAUUUGACUUGUACCGAGUCCAGAGGGCUGUCAUUAAGUCAUGACCCUGAUGAUGAAAGACUCCGCCUUUGUGAUGGCGUCCCUCGAAUGAAAACGCCGCUCUGCAGCGCUGACGGAGGGACGGGUCCAGAGGAUUUUUAUGUACAUGAUUUCAUUGCUUUAAAUUUGUCAUAGCAAAUGUUUUGAAUGUUGUACAUAGUGUCACUAACAUUUCUCUGAAGGUCUUUUUGUGACUGAGCCCAAAUGCCUUAGUGUGAGAGGAAAAUGUAGUCAAAGGCUGCUGGAAGAGCACCGAGAAAUCACUAGUGUAAGUGCCUCGUAGCUGUUUCCCCCUUCCUCUCUAUUUAAAUACAUAAAAACCGGAUUAUAAGUCACAUCAGUGUAUGGAAUGGAUUCUAUUUUUGAGGGUCCUACAUUGAGAAAAAAAGUUUCAACUGUCAACAAAGUCCAGAAUGAGUGUUUACGUGGACUUUAGUGUCCCAGUAAUGAGCCAUUUUCUGGUUCUGAUCAUAUUUGAGAUACUGUAGAAAAAGUCUGCAUUGGAAAUGGUUCUUAUACACCAGUUACUACAGUGUUUUUACUAAAUUAAUGAGACAACUGUCAUUUAAAGGGGGAUUCUGGUAUUUUUAAACUACUUUUUAAACGUUUUUCAGUACUUUGGGUCUUGUAGAGGUGCUAUUUUCCACUGACAGGCUCAGGAUCGGCUCUAAAAGAUCCAUCAUGGUUCAAGACUUGCAGUUUUUUUUUUUUUUUUUCAAACAAGGAAACAGAUGCUACAUCACUCUUUAGUGCCACCAAACUCCAUCUCAGGACAUAGGAAUUGCUGAUCUACCUCUGCCUUUUGUGUAGGUGUGCAGAUAGUUUUGGUUCAAACAUGAUACAUAGAACCCCAAAAAUCAGUUUAAAGAACAAAACAGAGUAUGGGGUAGCAGUAGAGCAGCAAAUCCUCUGUUGUGCAAGGUUAAGUUGGUGUUUCUGUGGAGUCUGGUGGCUUUUAGGCAGCUGUGCAUCGGCUAUUUCCUGUUUAAGAAUGCUAAAAGUACCUUUAAAAUCAAUCCUCUUAGGUUAGUUUUCUUCAAUAUUUGACACAAGGAGUAAUCUGAGCCUGUCAGUAGAAAAAAACACUUGAAACAGACUCACUUAUCUUCAGUCAACACUCUGAAAUAAGCAUUAGUAAAUUAGACCUUAAAUAUUUAAAUUAAGUUGGAUGCAGGGUUUUAAAAUUUCAGCAAUCCUGGGUGGAGCAGCUCUUCCUCCAGGUCAGACUCCACCAUCUUUUUGUCUGUUACCAUGGUGUCUGCAAGCACAGCCAUGACUUUGUGCCAUGCUUUAAUAACAGGCACAGACGACAUGGAGCAGCACCUGUGAAGAAGACUGUUAAACAUAUUUGUUUUCAAGGGUUUUAAAACCCUACAACUGCCUAAUGAGGCUAUCCUCAUGUUUGAAUAGUGUAGUCUGAGCUCAGCUUUACUCUGUUCGUGUGCCUGGUGUUUGCCACAUAUGCUGGCACCAAAACUGGCUUCAGUGUAAUCAAAAUAUCCCCCCCCCCCUUUUCUGGUCUCCAUUUCAUUCAUAAUUCCCCAGACAUAUCAGAAUAAAGCAGCAGAAUCUUGUUACUUUAUGUCAACCUGUGGACAGCACAAAAAUGCAUUUUCUUGGGUCAUGUGAGUGAUGAUUUUUAGCCGUUUUCAGUCUCUGCUCUUUGAUUUUUAGACUUUUUAGCAGAGUGACGUGGACGAGAGCGAAGCCAGAUGAUGCUCAGUCUCUGAGUGGAAAGAAGCCGGGCUGAUUCUCUGCCACUUUAAGCAUUUUUAACACAAGUUUAGCCGUUAACUUGUUGAAAAUGAAUGUAAUUAAGAAAACUGUUUUGUACAUAAAGUGUUCAUACUAAUGCUGUGGGAUCAACUUACAAAAAUGUACUGUGACGCCCUGUUAAAGAAGUGAAAUAAACA